GGCAUCCUCCUCUCUACAUAAGCACACCCCAACUAGCUGCUGCUCUCACAGACGGCAGACCACACUUGUGAGAUCGACUGAGCGAGGCUAGCUGUGUCCCUCCUCCUGAAACCGGCCAUGUGCGAGUCCGUUUGCCUGCUAGCAGCUAGCAACCGAGACGGCCACCACCAUGAGGGAAAAAAAACAACCGAGAUGAACACGGACACGGGUGACCACAGUCACUUCCAGGAGGGCGACGGCGCCGAUGAACAUGAACUGCUUCAGGACGACGGCCCCGAUGAACAUGAACGGCUCCAGGACGACACACCGCCGGCGGAGGAACUUGCUCCCUUCGCCGGCGGCUCGCGUGCCGCGAAGGUGGCCGAGUUCGCCCGUCAGAAGCUAGCCGAGGUGAACAUGCCCCGCGCAGUCAUCGCGGGGCUCGGCCUCGUCGGGGGCGCCGUCGGCGUCUACUUCCUGUGGCCCGCGGCCGCCGUGGUGGCCGCCGUCGGCGCCACGAUGAAGGCGCCGGGCGGCGCGGGCCUCCUCAUCUCCCGCGUGGCGUUCCAGGCCAAUCCGCAGCUCUACUACCAGAUCCUCCGCACCGCCGGCGCCGCCGCGGCCGCUGCAGCUUUCGCCCUGUAGUGAAGGACGGAAGGUCGAUCUGGUGUUUGCAUAUGUUAAUUCGCUGUUUGCUGACGUUGUAACUUGAUCGAGGUGGUCUGUUCUUGAACUAGCGUGCUUAGAGUAGACCGUGUGGAUCUAUAUUUCCACUGCUACUAGAAUCGAUCACUGUACUUCUGGCUGAGGCUUGAGCUUGGUUACUGAUGAAUAAUAAGCCUUUCCUUGUACUAGAA